UUUUAGUAUUCUCUCAAUGGCUUUGUGAUUAAGUUGUAUAGCUCAACAAAACUCGCAAAAAUUAUUGUGUUUAAAAAGUAUAUAUAUGUAUAUAAUUAUAUAUAGUAUAUCCGAAAGGCUUGUGUAAAUACAUUAAACAAAAUUGAAGCAUCUGAAUAUUGUUAUAAUGCUUAUUCUUCGAUGUGGGCUACUCUUAAGCAUACUCUCAUAUCAGCUACUAGCUUUUACAGCAGUUGCACAAAAUGCAUGCACAUAUUCUUCUACCAAAACUGGAAUUUGUAAACCAUAUGCUGAAUGCAUGGAAAUACACGGGCAAAUACUUUUUGUAAAUGCCGCCUGUAAGGGAAAUACUUAUUGUUGCCCUGAUAAUCUUAUAACGCCGCCGCUUUCUGAUAUUAUAAAUAAACAUGAGCCAAAUGAGUAUACGAAUUAUGAAGAUGUGAAUGUUGAUAAAAUUUGGGACGUGUUUAACCCGAAUCCAGAGAAUACGAAUCAUGAAGAUGUGCAAGCACCGUUCUCUGGCCCAAAUGUAGAAAUUUCUCAGCCUAAUCCGAACUUUAAUAACUUCUGGAAUACGAAACCUUCCUCUGCACCAGAGGUUCAAAAAAAUCCAAACAUAAAUUAUCCAAGGUAUGAAGAUGAACUAAUUAAUCCAUCGAUAUAUUUGCCAGAGAUUCCAAUAGACACAGUAGAACCAAAUAUAAAUGAUCCGGAGGAUGAAGAAGAUGCAUAUUUUAAUCCACCUGUAAUCGAUACUGGAGUUGAAGUGGAAGUUUCAGCAAACCCAGUAGAACCAAAUAUAAAUGAUCCGCAGGAUGAAGAAGAUGCAUAUUUUAACCCACCAGUAAUCGAUCAUCCAGAUAUAAAUGAUGCGGAGGAUGAAGAAGAGAGAUAUUUUAAAGAUCCAACCACACCAAAACCAAUAACUACUACUACAGAAACCAUACCAUAUUUUGAUGAGGAAUUCUACAGGCGUUUAGGUUUAGCCUUCGGUAAUAAAUACAACAGAUACCCCCACCAACCAGUUGUUACGCCAGAAAAUAGUACUGAAAAUAAAACAGAAAUUGAAAUAACUGAAGAAGUUACAACCAAUAGCACAGAUUUCAUGAAAAACUUAAAUCCAUUGGGUUUGCAUAAAUUAAGUUCAGAGAAAUGUGGUUUCGUACAUUUUCAAAAUGAUCCAUCUGUAAGUAAUACGGAGGCACAUUUACUAGAAUUACCCUGGUUGGCUUUGUUGCGUUAUACCGGCGAGGCGAAAAAUAUUAAUUUUUCGUGUGGCGGCUCUUUAAUUACCGAACGUUGGGUGUUAACGGCAGCAAGUUGUAUUAAAAAAUCACUAAUCGGCGUUCGUUUGGGUGAAUAUGAAAUAUCAGAGAAAUCGAAAAAAGAUUGCGUUCAAAGAACAUGUACGGAAUAUAAGGAUUUUAAAAUAGCUAGUACGGUAAAGCAUCCGCAAUACAAACCAGAAAGGGAUAUCAAGGAUAUUGCUCUGAUUAAGUUAAAGGAGCGUGUUAAAAAAAGUAAAAGUAUCAAGACGAUUUGUUUGCCUACAAAAGCGGAAUAUUUCAAUGUACCCUAUGAUAAUACGUCUCUAACAAUAUCGGGUUGGGGUUUAAACAAAGAAGGUGCCACUAAAGUUAUGAAAAAACAUGCCCUUAACCGUAGUAAGACACAAGCUUGCCAUCAAGCCAAUCCAAAAGGAUUGUGCUUAGCAACCAUUAACGAGAAGUCUAGCACCUGCAGCGGAGAUCCCGGUGGUCCAGUUUCAUGGAUAGUAGACGAUAGUACACAAUUUGUUACACAAAUCGGCGUUGUGCCAUUUGGCAUGGAUAAAUGUGGUGCCACUGAUGGCGUUGUUUCAAACUAUUAUGUUGAGAGCGUUGCCGAUUCAAUGGAUUGGAUAACGAAAGUUAUUGGCGGGGAUGUAUGAUAUCGAAAUACGGAUUAAGCAAAUAUGUUGCGAGUUCAUAACUAUGUUAUUGAAACAGUAUAAUAAAGUGAUCGCUUAAAAUAUAA